AUGGAUAACUCAUCUUUCUUGUUCUUUUUCUGGCAGGCUUGUGUGGUGAUGACGGCUGGCUUUAUUUUCAUCCAGUUCUUCGCCCGUUCACUCGAAGUUCUUAUUGUCGGCCAAUUACUAGGUGGUCUGGUCUUAGGCACAUAUACUGUAAUCGCGCCUACGUAUGCCUCCGAGGUCUGUCCGGUGGCACUGCGCGGUAUCUUGACAUCCUACGUCAACCUCUGUUUUGUUAUCGGCCAGUUCCUUGCCAACGGUAUCUCUGCCGGCACACACAACCUGGAUUCACACUGGGCUUAUAGUCUGCCCUUCGCUCUACAGUGGGUUUGGCCAGCUAUAAUACUGUGCACAGUUCCCUUUGCCCCUGAGAGCCCCUGGUGGUUGGUGAGAAAGGAGAGAAUGGAAGAUGCAGAGAAAUCACUACGUCGCCUUGCAUCAUCGAAAGUCGACGUCAGACCCGAUCUUACUAUGAUUGUCGAAACGGACCGAUUAGAGCAACGUAUGGAAGCUGGUACUACACUUCUGGACUGUUUUAAAAGCGUGAAUGCCAGACGCACUGAGAUUGCUGUUGGAGUUUACGCAAUCCAGGUCCUCAGCGGGAUAUAUCUUGUUGGCUAUUCAAACUAUUUCUUUACCCUUGCUGGUCUUAGCACCGAUGAUGCUUUCAACAUGGGGCUCGGGUUUCUCGGCGUUGGAUUUCUGGGCACUGUUCUCUCGUGGUUCGAGCUCGCAUAUUUUGGCCGUCGUACCAUCUACCGCAAUGGCCUAGCGAUGCUCGCGGUCCUCCAGUUUGUUAUUGGCAUCCUCGACUGCGUUCCAAACUACGAAAAACGCCCCAACGUCAUCUGGGCCCAGGCAUCGAUGAUGGUAGUCUGGAACUUUGCAUAUAGUCUGUCCGUUGGACCCGUGUGUUUCGUCAUCCUGUGCGAAUGCUCAGCGACAAAAGUUCGGUCGAAGACCAUUGCGCUGGCCACUGCUGUACAAGCGAUGCUUGGUAUCGUCAUGACGGUUGCGAUUCCGUACAUGAUCAACCCCGAUGCAGCGAACUGGCGUGGGAAACUUGGAUUUUUCUUCGGGGGCCUUGCUACGAUAUGUUUCAUCUGGACUUUUUUCAGAGUCCCAGAGACAAAGGGUAGGACGUAUGAAGAGCUUGACAUCAUGUUUGAGAGAGGCGUGUCUACCCGGAAGUUCAAAGGCUACAAGUUUGAUUAG